CUCAUCCAAAGCGAGCACGCCCCUCUUCCAUUCUUCGUUCCUCAAAUUCUCUGCCUGCACUUUCAUUUUGCCAUUCCCUCAGAUUCUUCAAGUUUCACUUACAAGGUGACAAUUGGAAAGAAAAUGUUGAAGAUGAUGCUCACAUGCUGCAAGGUUUAUAUAUCAGAAAGCAGAAACAGGAGUGCAUUGGAGUCAAUUGAACAAGCCGCCAAGCUUUUCCCUCGAGCUCCAAUAAUCAACAAGUUUGAAGAUGUGGCCUACAAUAGAGUUGGUUUCACUCUAGUUUCUGAGUUAGCUCCUGCCCCAUCUUCUGAGCCAUGCCACUUGAAAAGUGCUGUGUCUGCCAUGGUGAAGGCUGCGUUUGACAACAUUGACUUUGAGAUGCAUUGUGGAACACAUCCAAGACUGGGGAUUGUCGAUCACAUUUGCUGUCACCCGCUGGCAGAUGCUUCCUUGGAUCAAGCAGCUGAGAGUGCUAGACUUUUGGCUGGCGAUGUGGGCUCCAACUUGCAAGUUCCUGUUUUUCUAUACGGAGCAGCACAUGAAGAGGGUAGGCCACUUGAUUCAAUUAGAAGAGCAUUAGGAUAUUUCAAGCCGAACUCCAGUGCAAACCAGUGGGUCGGAGGGCCAAAAUCCAAUCUUUUGACACUCAAUCCAGAUAGCGGACCAUCUCAAGUUUCUUCAUCAAAAGGUGUCGUGGUGAUUGGAGCAACCAAAUGGGUUGAUAAUUACAAUGUCCCUCUGUUAUCUUCUAAUAUCAAUGCUGUUCGAAGAAUUGCAAAGAGAGUUAGUGGGAGAGGUGGUGGACUUCCGACUAUACAGGCAAUGGCACUCGAACACGGUGAGGGUGUUAUUGAGGUAGCCUGUAAUUUGUUGGAUCCAAUUAGAAUUGGGGGAGACAGAGUACAACAAGAAGUUGAGAGCCUUGCUAGGGAAGAGGGUAUUCCUGUGGGGAAAGGCUACUUUACGGACUUCUCACAGGAAGAAAUAAUUCAAAGUUACUUGAAGUUAGAUCCACUUGAUUGAGGAGGGAACGAAGUGCCAAAGAACCCUUGUUUCUUGUCUACGAGAUUUGCCGAGGAU